ACUUGACAAUUGUCAUGAGCGGCGACGCACUGAGCGACCUCGCCGUGCCACGUCGUGACGCGGUCGCUGGCGACGACCCGCUGGGCCCGGAGACGCUCUACGACGCUCUUCUGCUGCACUUGGCCGCGCGCCUGCAUGCGAAGAUAUGCAAGGCCGCUCGGAAGCGCCCGUCAUACGAGGUCGCCAAGAUCACCGAGACGCUUGCCCAUACGAGCUACAUUGCCAGCGACGAGCUCGACACCGCGACGCAGCGCAUUGUGCGCAUGCUACAGGCCGAGCCCGGCGUGACGCUAAACGCUGCCGGAAACCUCUUGCUUUUGGAUACGGACAAGCUCCGACUCGUCGACGACAGCGACGCGCCAUUGGCGUCGACUACAGGUGGCAACGAGGUAGUGAACGCGCUCGUGCGGCGUCUGGCAUGUCAGAUUCCUCUCCUUCCGCGUCCACAAAUCGCUAUUGCCAUGAUGACCAAGAAGGCAGUUGCGGGCUGCACGGGCCUCACGGCUGGCCAGGCCAAGCGGGGUAUCGUUGAAGGCCUCAUCCAGCUCGGAUGCUUUCAGAAGGUGACCAAUGGAGACGGCAUCGGGUGCAUCGCGAUCGACGCGGCGUGUCUCCAGCGCCCCGUGACCGCGUUUCCCGACCUCAGUUUUCUGCAGCAGCUUCCGUCUGCACCAACCGCGGACCGCUGGCCACCAGCUCCACGACGAUCAACAAACGAGCCGGUUCUUUCCGCUGCGGCGAGCGCAUCUCGCAGCGAAGGAGGCACGCUCUAUGACGCGCUGAUCGAGCACAUUGUUGUGCACGUGCAUGGCGCCGUGUACGCGGAGAUGAGCAAGAAGCAAAAGCAGUUCAAGGUCAAGAAGAUCACUACGCUGCUCCGAAAGGCCGGCUACGUGAACGAUAUCCAGCGCACGGCCCAGCAGGUUCUGCAGUGCGUCCUGCGCGACCGCUGCCUCACCUGCGUCGACGGGACAGCCAUCGUGGCCGUGCGUGCCAGCCCGUUUUCGUUGCCGGCCGCGACGCGCCACGGCGUGGCGGCCCUCGUGCAGACGUGGGCAGCAAAGAUUGCGAUCGCUCCGCACGAAAUUGCAAGCCUCCGAGCGCAGCUUCACAAGGCCGAAGCCAUCCAGGGGUUGCCAGGCAUGGCCGAGCAAGCACUCGACGCCUUGUGUGCCCUUCGGUGCAUGACCACUGUCCGAAACCGCAAGUCCGCACUCUGCCUCGGCAUCGACCCGUCGCUUGUCCAUCAGUCGUUGGCUUUGUUUCCGGAUGUGUCGUUUCUGCGCUCCAUGGCGUCGGUCGCGGCGCUCUCCCCUACAGCGUCCUCUCCUUCGCUGCCGCUUUGUCACCCAACACCGUCACCCGUCAUGACCUCUCCCGCUCCACCCAGAGUAGGCGUGGAUGAUGACAGCUCAGGCGCGCGCCACUCGAGGUUUGAGCACACGCUCGGUGACGCGCUCCUUUACGCACUUGCCGAUCACAUUCGUCGUGCGGCCUACGAUGCGAUCCGCGGGGCAAAAGCCCGGUACAACUUUUCAGCCAAAGUACCGCUGCUCCUGCGCGCGACGCGCUACAUACCACCGGCCUCGUACACGGACACGCGCAAGGUGCUCCUCGAGCUAGUGCUGCGCGACGAGAACUUGGUGUUUGUUAAACCCCUCUUUGUCGUCUCGCGGGAUCAACGCUUGCUGCCGCCGGCGCGCCAUUGGACGUCCGAAGCAACGCCUGCUGCCAUGCGUCAUGGGCUGGUGACAGCGCUGGCGAUUGCACCCAUUGCCAUGACGGGUAUAGCGAGAGCUGCGACGUCGGCGCUUGUGGUUCGUGGCGUCCACGACGUCGCGACGGUCGUGCCCAAGCUCAUUGCGGACCUCAUGCAGCUCGAAUAUGUCGUGGCCACCCAAGACAAGGGCCAGGAAAUCUACUUGACGAUCGAUAUGGCGUGCCUUCAUCGGCCAGCAGAUGACUUUGCCAUCGUGCCAGCACCCGAGUCGUGGCUCGUACGGAGCGCGCCAGCACCGACGCCGCACGUCGCUGCAGCAACCUCCUCGGUGCCACCGACACGAGAGGCACAUGACGCACCGAUGUCCCCGUCGUCCAGCUUGUCGAGCAGUGGGCAGAAGAGAGUCGGGUCCCCUGCAAUGUUGUCUGCGCCGUCGUCCCCGAUAUCUGCAUCGUCAGCAUCGUCGCCACCUCGGUCGGUGCCGUUGUCCUUGGAGCCGCUGGACGGUGUGGUCCAGACGCACCACGACACGUUCUUGCCCGCGAUUCUGGCGUGGGUCCGCGAGGACAACCCGUUUUACGUCUCGUACGUCCGCGGGCAAGUCCGUUCCAUUCUCCCGAAGGACGAGGAUCUGGACGCGGCGGUUCAUGCCGUCGUGACGUCGUUGACGCAGCAUCCAGAGCUCAUCUACUACAACACUGACCGACCGUGCUUUGUCGGCAAAGGUUGUGCUCCACCUGACGACGUUGUCGUACAAGCGCCUCCGCCAGGGACCUCGGUCGACGACGACGAAGACGACGAUGGCAACGAAAGCUGCAGCGACAUUUCGGCAGAAAGCAACGAGUCGGACGAACCUGAGCCAGACGCCGAGACGCCGGCGUCGGUGUCCCUGUCGCCGACCACGGACAUCUCGCCGCGACGCGUGAUUGCUGCGUACGUGCAGCAAGUGGUCGCCCAUCUCGCCUCUGGUGCCGUUUACGACGUUGCGCUCUUGACGCAACAGCUAAACCGCCUCGACAUCGACGCCGACGACAUCGAGGACGCUGUCGAUGCUGUCAUGGCCACGCUGCAAUCGAUGCCAAGCGUUACGAGCGUCCAGGACGAUCGUGGGAACUGGAGCUUUUGUCAACAGAACCUCCUUGGGUCCAAAUGGUGUCAACAGCCCAUUGUAGCGACCGAGGCGCCGCCCAAGCAACCCGCCGUGUCGUGGAAGAGCUCGGUGCCAUGCACAACGAUCACCACCACUGCACAGCUGCGCGCGGUGGUCGCUACGGUCGACGUCCUCAACGACCCGACGCACCGUCGCGUCCUCGCCAUCGAUGCGUAUGGCACGUGGCCCAAGGCGUUGGUUGUGGUUGCCUGCACCGAGACCACGCUCAUCAUCGACUGCGUCGACAUUCCGAUGACAGACCUUGUGCACGCCGUGGGGCCGUCGCUUCGGUCGUCGGUGGUCACCAAGAUAACGUUUGAUGUGCAUCGGUCGGCGGCGCUGCUAUCGUCGUUGGCCGAGUGCUGUGGUCUCCUUGAUUUGCAGCUGCUCCUGGAGCACGAGACGUCGCGCUUCGAGGCUACGUUUGCCGACAUGGUGGCGCACGCUGGUCUGCCACCGCACCCGCACCCGCGGUACCUCGACCGCACCGAUUUCUUCAACGAGCGGCCACUGCGGCCCGAGGCCGUGCACGCAGCGGCCGCGACGACCCAGCUGCUUCUGCACGCCUCAGACGCUCUGGCGAAAGGCAUCUUUGGCAACUUUGCACAGCUACUGGCGGCCUCAACCCAGCGCUUGACGCGUGCGAUGGCCUCGCACGGCCAGCGCACACUCUGCUUUGACGCGAUGCAUGAUCGCCGACUGAUGUCGGCCGAGUACCUCGGCGCGUGGCGGCCCAACGACGUUGCUGCGAACGCCCCCGUCGUGGUUCACGAAGACUUGGACGAUGUUUUGAGCUUGCUGCCGAGGGACUUGGUGUCGCGACUGCUGCAGCCGGGCGUUGCGUCCAAGCUCAUGGACAUCGUCUUGGACCUCGGGCGGCGGCCGUGGGCGUGGGUCGAUGGCACCCGCUUCUUUCUCGAUGACACGCAGGAAGACCGCGUCGUCACGCGCGACGACCUCGAUGCGAUCGUCGACCGCGUCGGUGGCUUUGGCAGCGACAACCGCGCCGGCCUCGAACGCCAACUGCACCGCAUCUCGGCGAUUCGCAACCGCCAGGACGUGAUCAUUGCACUCACGAUCCGUGUGGGUCGGUACAUUGAAGGCAUCCUCUUCCUCGGCGAGCCAGGCUGCGGCAAAACCACGAUUGUCCGCGAAGUGUCUCGACAGCUCGCCACCACGCACAAUGUCUGCAUCGUCGAUACGAGCAACGAGAUUGCAGGUGACGGUGAUGUGCCGCAUGCAUGUGUCGGCUUGGCGCGACGCAUGAUGGUGCCAUCUCUCGAUGCGCAGGCAGCGACCAUGGUCGAGUGCGUCCAGAACCACACGCCCGAGGUCAUGGUCAUUGACGAGAUUGGCCGGCCGCACGAGGUCGAGGCCGCGCGCACGUGCAAGCAGCGCGGUGUGCGCAUCGUCGCGUCGGCACACGGCGACCUCCGCAAGCUGCUCAAGAACAAGCCGCUGCGAGGUCUCGUUGGCGGCGUCGAGUCGGUGACGGUCGGCGACGCACUGGCCAAAGAGCGGCAAAAGAAGAACGAGACCGGCCCGCUGCGCAAGCUCUUGGCGCAGCGCAGUGGCGACCCGAUCUUUGAUAUCGUUGUCGAGCUCCAGCGUGGGCAGUACGAUACGUGGCGCGUCGUGACGGACGCGGCGUCAGCAGUCGAUGCCGUUCUUGCGGGCACGUCGUACGCAGCGCAAGUCCGUACGCGCACGGCGUCCGGCGAUGGAUUCCACCUCGGCACUUGCAUUUUGUGAUGAUGAUGCGUCCUUUCUUAAUUUCUGAAAACCAAGCGUUUCGGAAUCAAAGUGCC